UGAACGAGUGUUAUCGGAAGCUUCUACAGCUGCGCCGCUGUCUACCCCAGCGAUGUCACCUCGCGAGAAUUAUCUGCCUGAUUAUUUAUACCCGCUCGUGAUAAGAGAAGGAAGUAUUCUCCAACACGAGUUAUGGAAAGAUACCGCUGUAUGUGUCAUCGCUAAUGCCAGCGGGACGACUGCUUAUGCCACGUCUGGUGUGUUGGAAAGAAAAUAUGAAUACGCUGAUUAUUACAGAGCGAAAAGACGGAUGUAUACCACCACAAGAGCAAUUACAGCUGAUCGGAGUGCUACUGGAGUCGCUAGUGUGAGACAGGGGGAUGGAGGACCUGUAAUUAUCUACCUCAUUGCCCACUUUGGGCCGGGUAAACCCCUUGAGCACAAUGAAAUAGCCAUGAAACAAUUAAGAUCCAGCACGGAUAAGCAUUAUGUUAAUGGAUUAGCUCGCGAUGGUUUAGAGAAUCGGAUGAGGAAUAUGGACGAAUGCCUCAAUUCAUUGUUUAAUGAGCUUCAGAAGUUGGAUUGUCGCGAAAUUGUAUUUCCUGUUGAAGUAGAGGGCGGCAGUUGGAGCCACGCAUACAUUACGCUUUUACAGGGUUUUGCAGCACGGUGUAUGCCGUUGAAGAUAAUUGUCUCACUACUGUGUGCAAGCCCUCUCCUUCUGCCGAGGCCUGAGAAGGAAAAGAAACAACGCAUGCGACAUGAGAUGAUGAUGAUGAUGAUGGUGGCGGUGAUGAAAGAAGAGGGUGAAAUUACACGUGAGAGGCGGCGACUGCGGUCUCCUAUGGAAGAUGAAAGGGUGUCGAAGCGGUCGAAACAUCUGGAAAAUGAUCAUUAAUAUUUUAACCUCGUAUAUAUUUGUACUUGAAUGUUUUUUUUGUGUGUAUCUUGUGAUUAAUAAAUAAGGUUAAGCAUUACUUCUUUAUUAUUCUCCUACACCAUUGUUAUAAAAAGUGAAAUUAUUGGUAAAACUCUCAGUCUGUUACUAGCUUCCGUCAUGGAGACAGAUAAUCAAUAUAUAUAUAUUACGAGCAGUGCAUCGAAAGAUGUUUUUCCACAAAACACUUCUCAUGCAUUUGAAAACGCUAUAUCACCGCUAAUGUUGGAUCCUUCUAUGGAUUAUGAAGUGGCGCUAGUUAAUUUUUUGUAUCCCAAAAAUUAUUACAGCAUUAUAGCAAAUGAUGAUGAUUUCAGUAUCCAAUUUCUUAGUGUGUGUGAUAACAGCGCUCACCCAAUGCUGGUUAACUUGUUUAACUAUGUUCCAAAAUUUAACAUGCUGGGCCAUGCGAGAGAGGCAAAAAUUAUGGUAGAUUUGAUAAAUGAAGAUAUCGCGAGACAAAUUAGAUCGGUUCUCGAUAGGGAUGCUGUUAAUAAAUAUAUACCACAAGGAAGAAUUCUUAUCUACGAUCGGGAGGUAGAUCGGUGUCGCAUAGAAACCUAUGUUCAAGGUGUAGGAGAGGAGA